AUGUGGUUUUAUUCAAUUUUAAUUUUAACUAUAUCCAGUCAAUAUGUAACAGGUCAAUUCGGACCUUUUAGGCAAGACUUCGGGUAUGUGGAUGUAAGAACGGGAGCUCACAUGUUUUACUGGCUAUUUUAUACUACUGCUGACGUUCCUAAUUACACUGAUAGGCCUUUAAUAGUAUGGCUGCAAGGAGGACCGGGUGGAUCCUCUACAGGAAUCGGUAACUUUGAGAUUCUAGGACCUCUAGAUCUGAGGCUACAAGAAAGAAAUUACACUUGGGUAAAGAACUUCAAUGUACUUUUUGUAGACAAUCCUGUAGGUACUGGUUAUAGUUACGUCGAUGACCUUAACUUGUUAACGACAACUAACGACGAAAUAGCUCUGGACUUUGUGAAUCUAAUGAGGGGAUUUUAUUCUAAACAUCCUGAAUUUGGUGGCGUGCCCCUUUAUAUAUAUGGACAAUCCUAUGGAGGCAAAAUGGCAGUUGGGAUGGCUUUACGUAUGCGUGAAGCAGAAAAAGCUGGUACCAUUCAAUCCAACCUAAGAGGCAUCGCAAUGGGCAACGCAUGGAUACAUCCAGUCGAUCUUACUCUGUCUUGGGGACCAUUGCUAUUAGCAGCUGGUCUCGUAGAUCAAACGGGAUACGAAAAUAUUCAAACAGCAGCCAGAGAGGCUCAACGUUUAUUUAAUAACGGCGAAUACUACGCCUCUACCGCGCAGUGGGCUAAUACACAACAAGCAGUAUUCAGAGGUACAACUAGAGUAGAUUUCUACAAUAUUUUGACAAAGAUGGAGGUUCAGUCUUGGAUGCCUGAUACAAGGAGUGCUUAUGAAUUAUCAAAGGAGAUGAUGAUCCAGAAUGAGCCUUACAUGUCAUCAUCAUGGUCGACACGACAAGAAGUGAUGAAUAUUAACUAUCUUAUGAACAAUGACGUGAAACGAGCUCUAAGUAUUCCAGAAACUGUGAUCUGGGGCAGUCAAUCAGGCGCCGUAUUUGACUACUUGCGGACUGACUUCAUGAAACCAGUUACGGAGGAAAUUGAAGAACUAUUGGAUCAGGAAGACCCUAUUAUCGUGACAAAAUACAACGGGAAUCUGGAUUUGAUUUGUUCAACACCAGGUCAGAUUGUGUGGGUUAAUCGAUUAAAGUGGCACGGUGCAGAGGCAUACAAAAACGCAUCCCGUAUUCCCAUUUGGGAAGACAAUAGGUUAGAAGGAUACUACCAGUCUUACGGGCCGCUAAGAUUCUUUUGGAUAAACGUAGCCGGACAUAGUGUACCAAGGGACAAUCCGGCAGGAUCAAACGCAUUUCUUCGUGACAUGACGUCUUUCGGCUAA